AUGGAACGGUCUCCCAGUGUUCCAAAACGUGUUAGCAAAAGUCAGCGUGAAAGUCAUAGUGAAAUUGAACGAAAGCGUCGUGAACGAAUGAAACGUGAUACGGAAUUUCUCAGAAAACAAGUUUCGAACACACAAUGCAAAGACAAACUGUCCAUUUUUCAAGCCGGUGCGGAAAAAUUGAUCCAAUAUACCGGUACGGUGUCCGUUUACUCACUGAUUUUCACAGACAAAUUGGGCAAACGUGAAUAUAUCAUUAACGACGAAGAGUAUUCACAAAUCAUAAUGAAU